UGUUAUUCAGUAAUUAAACAGACGUUCAUUAUUAUAAUAAUAACCAUGGAAGUAACAUCACUACUAUUGUAUCUCAUAAUCGCUUUAGUUUCGGUGGCAUUAUAUUUUAUUAAGCGUAAUCUAAAUUAUUGGAAAGACCGCGAUAUACCACACGAAGAACCUCACCUUAUUUGGGGUAAUUUAAAGGGUUUACGCACCCAAUAUCACAUUGGAGAAAUAGCAGCAAAUUAUUAUAGAAAAUUUAAGGGCAGCGGUCCAUUUGCGGGUUUACUUUUUGUACAACGUCCAGGAAUAGUGCUGCUGGAUAAAACUCUUAUUAAAAAUGUACUCAUUAAAGAUUUUAAUAAUUUCACCGAUCGUGGUAUGUACUAUAAUGAGAAAGCUGAUCCUUUAACCGGUCAUUUAUUUUUUGUCGAUGGCCAAAAAUGGAAAAGUUUAAGAAAUAAAUUAUCACCCACUUUUACUUCGGGCAAAAUGAAAUAUAUGUAUCCAACUUUAUUAAAAGUGACCGAUCAAUUUAUUCAUGUAAUGAGAGAAACAGUUAUGAUGGAUCCUAUUAUCAAUAUACAAGAUAUGUUGGGACGUUAUACUACCGACAUAAUCAGCAGCUGUGCUUUUGGCAUUGAAUGCAAUAGUUUGAUUAAUCCUAAUUCGGAAUUUCCCCGCAUGGGUAAGAAAGCUAUGAGGGAACAGAGACAUAAUGCCGCAAUCAUGGCAUUGAUUGAAAAUUUUCCUAGUUUAGCGCGUAAACUCGGCAUGCGAAUAUUCCCCGAAGAUGUUCAUCAAUUCUUUAUGAGAACUGUCAAAGAAACUAUUACCUAUAGAGAAGAACAUAAAAUACAAAGAAAUGAUUUUCUGAAUAUAUUAAUUGAAAUGAAAAAUAAUGAAAAUGAUAAAUCUGGUUUGGGUGGCCUAAGUGUAGAAGAGAUUUGUGCUCAAGUAUUUGUUUUCUUUUUGGGAGGUUUUGAUACUUCUUCAGCAACCAUAACUUAUGCUUUAUAUGAACUGGCUCAACAGCCUACUUUACAGAAACGUUUAAGGCAGGAGAUUAAUCAGGUAUUCGAAAAUAACGAUGAUAACCAAAUAGCAUAUGAUGAUCUGAAAGAUUUGAAAUAUUUACUACAAGUAUUAGCGGAAACACUGCGUAAAUACCCUAGUGGUCCAUUACUUUUUCGCAAGGCUUUAAGUGAUUACAUAGUUCCCGGUUAUCCUAAGUAUGUGAUUAAAAAGGAUAUGCCGAUUUUAAUACCCGUACUAGGUUUACAUAAUGAUCCAGAAUUCUAUCCUAAACCUCAAGAAUUUGAUCCUGAACGUUUUGCCCCCGAAAAAGCCAAACAACGUGACUCUAUGGAGUAUUUGCCCUUUGGAGAUGGUCCCCGCAAUUGUAUUGGCGAACGUUUUGGUCAAAUGCAAACACGUUUAGGUUUAGCUUAUUUAAUAAGAAAUUUUCAUUUCUCAACGUGUCCUCAAACUGAAAUACCCAUUACAUCUGAUCCGAAAUCUUUUACAUAUUUACCGAAAAAUGUGGUUUAUUUAAAGGUGGAGGAAGUAAUGUAAUUAGUACAUGUUGUAUGAUGAAAAAAUAUCUAAUCUAAAGCAUUAGCCUGAAACAUAAAUUUGCAUUUUACGAAAUUUUGUUAAUGAGAACUUGAUUGUUAUCGCAAGUUAUGUUAAUAAAGUGUGAA